GCGCGCUCCCCUCCCGGCCCUGCGCGCUGCGCCCUGGCUCCCCUGCCCCGGGCUGCGCCGCUCUGCGCCGCGCGCGGAGGCUGUUUGCUGGGCCGCCCGGAGGGAGACGUCAGCGGCAGCCUCUCUCUGGGCCUCUCCGUGCUGCAUUAUCCCCGCCCCCUUCCCCGCCCCCACCGCGCCGCCCCGAGUCCCUGCGAGGGGAGCGUGUGCGAGCCGGGAGCCUCCUCGCCGCGCAGCCGCCGCCUGACGCCCCCACCCCGCCUAGAGGCGCCGCCGCCGCUCCCCUCCCGCCCGCCGGUUACCCGCGGCUCGGGGGUUCUUAAACCCGCCGGGCGCGUCGCAGCUACCCGCCCCCUCCCGGUGCCGCCGCCGAGGAACAUGGCGAAAGUGGAGCAGGUCCUGAGCCUCGAACCGCAGCACGAGCUGAAAUUCAAAGGUCCCUUCACAGAUGUUGUCACUACAAACCUGAAACUUGGUAAUCCUACAGACAGAAAUGUGUGCUUCAAAGUGAAAACUACAGCACCACGCAGAUACUGUGUAAGGCCUAACAGUGGAAUUAUUGAUGCAGGAACAUCAAUUAAUGUUUCUGUGAUGCUACAACCUUUCGAUUACGACCCUAACGAGAAAAGUAAACACAAGUUUAUGGUACAGUCUAUGUUUGCUCCAACUGAUACUUCAGAUAUGGAAGCAGUAUGGAAAGAAGCAAAACCAGAAGAACUCAUGGAUUCUAAACUUAGAUGUGUAUUUGAGCUACCAGCAGAAAAUGAUAAACCUCAUGAUGUAGAAAUAAAUAAAAUUAUAUCCACAACUGCAAAGACAGAAUCCUCUGUAAUGUCUAAAUCAAUAAGUUCUUCCUUGGAUGACACUGAAGUUAAGAAAGUAAUGGAAGAAUAUAAGAGGCUUCAAGUAGAAGUUCAGAGGUUACGGGAGGAGAAUAAACAGUUUAAGGAAGAAGAUGGUCUGCGGAUGAGGAAGGCUCCCCAGACGAACAACCCAAUAUCUGCAUCUGCAACUGCUGUCAAGGAGGAAGGGCUCAGCACUAGACUACUUGCUCUGGUGGUUUUGUUCUUUAUCGUUGGUGUAAUUAUAGGGAAAAUAGCCUUGUAGAGGCAGCAUGCUGAGGAUUGUAAAUUGGCUUGAUGGUUCUGCCAUAUCAUUGGAUUAAAUUUAUUCAUAACAAUGUUUUAAAAAAAUUAAUGUAUGACAUCUCACAGGUCUUGCCUUUAAAUUACCCCUGCACAAAUAUAACAUAACGUAAUCCUCUUGAAAGUUUAAAAUGUACAAUGAGUGAAAGAAUGAUAAAGAAUGUUCUUUAUUAAGUGAUGAGGAAAAAAAUCAUGAGUUAACACUACAAUGGCAUAUUGUAAAUGUCAUUUUAAACAUUCUUAGACCUUGGUACACGUUGCUGUCCCCCUGUCCAUUUUAAAAAACAAAGAAUUAUUCUUCCACUGCUGGAGCUGGCCCUUUUGGAUGUUUGGAGCUGGGUUAGGCAGGAGGGGUUGAUAACUUCUAUAAAAUAUGUUGAUCCACCAUUCUGCUCAUAAAGUUAACAGUUUGUCAGUAUCUUCAACUCUGUGCAAAUUAACAAUUUAUUGGCACUUACAAUUCUUUUCAGCUUCUCACUAUUAAUUUAUGUGGCAGCACUGAAUGUGCUAGGCAUCAUUAAGAGGCAUAUAUUGACUGGUAUGACACUCAUUUGGAAUAAAGGUCAAUGCCUUGUUCUCUUAAAGGGACCAAGCUACAUUGCUGUUGGUUCAUUUAGUUGAAUUGAAAUGUUAUUCAGAGAUGUUUAAUGCAUAUUUAACUUAUUUAAUGUAUUUCAUCUCAUGUUUCCUUAUUGUCACAUAUUGACUAAUACUAUGGUAUAAAAAGGCACCUGUUCUAAAACCAGUGGAUAGAACUAAAAAAUUACUGCUGUAGUGAUGCGAGAUUCUUCUGCCUCCUCAUGUUUUGGGCACUAUGUAAUUGUUAAAGUUUUGAUCACUUAAACAUUGGGGAAACAGCAGUCAGGAAACUGUUUUUGUAUGUAAAUAAAUAAGUCUAUCUAGCAAAAAAAAUUAGUAGUAAACUAGUUCUAUGCCGUAAAAAGACCAAUCCUGUUUGACCAUGUAGCAUCUUAAAAAAAAAAAAAAAAAAAAA